AUGACAGAGUACGCCACGACUCCAUCCGAGAUCGAGGCCGUCCAUGCGUCCCUGGCCCGCACCGGCCACUGGGUCCUCGCCCAUUCCCCGCCCCACUCCGCCUUCUCCGACCCCCACGCCCCGCCCUCGCGCACGCCGACUGUCGCCGCGCUCUCCGGCUUCUUCGACGACGACGACGACGUCGACGCCGGCUCGCGCAAGUCGCUGCCCCCGCGCAUGUACCUCAGGUUCAAGGACGGCCGACCAGACGUGCCCAUCGAAAAGUACAGCGAGACGCUGGCACCCGUAUCUCAUCAUCCGACGCCCGCAGCCAUGUCCCACCAUCCGUCGAGAGUCGCGUCCGAGCGGACGGUGCGAGAUGGCCGCUCGGGGUCGCUCGAGUACACGUCGGGGCGCUCGCGCCAUAGCCAGGCGCCCAGUGAGCGCAGCGUGCGGUCUCGCGCUGAGCCCGCGUCCCGCUCCUCCUCGCGCUCGUCUACCUUCCACUGCGACAUCCUCGACGCGCCCAUCACGCGCGGCCAUAUCCCGCCGUCCGAGCACUCGUCUACGCGCGAUAUCUCGCGGCAUUCGCGAUCGCCGUCGAACCCGCCGUUCUGGUCGCAUCCCGAGGGCGAGGCGGGGGCUACUCUACCAAACGAGGGCGCUGCUAGAUCUAUGCGUGACGGCUCGCAGCACUCGAGACACUCCUCGCGCUCGUCGCGAGCCCCGUCGGCACAGGUGGAGCAAUUCCAGCCAUCUCGCCAUUCUCAGAUCGCGCCAUCCCAGCACUCGCAGCGUGCACCGUCCCAGCAUUCGCCGUCCAACCACUCGCAAGCCGCGCCUUCCCGCCACUCCCACAUGCCACCCUCCAACCACUCUCAAAUCGCACUCUCUCACAACCCCUCCGCCCGCAGCGACUCCUCCCAGCCUAACCCGCCACCGCUGACCAGGUCCCAGCAAUCAGCCAUCCACCUCCCCAGCGCCGUCGCCAGCCAGCAUUCAAAGGGCGCGCCGAUUGAUGCAGACGCGGGCUCGCGCCAUUCGCGCCAGUCGAACGGCAGUGGGGGCUCCGAGGCCGGGCGCUCGUCGCACCGCUCAGAGCGGAACCCGCCCGUCGUCGUCGCGCACUCGCGCACAUCGCAGCGAUCGGCCCAACGAUCCUCGCAGCACGGAGCCGCCGACCGAUCGCUCCACUCGCGGGUCACGCACGAAUCAACAACCGAACCACACCACCGCGUGCCGUCCCUCCCCUCCGCGCACGCCGACCACGCCCACACCCCCGGCGCGCACCGCCCCGCGAUCGUCUACGCCCCCGCCCCGACGCACGUCCCGCGCUACGCCCCGCCCAAGAUUAUACCCGCCGCGGAGUAUAACGGCUCUCGUCGUGGGUCUGGGCAGAGGGAGGUGGGGGUGGGCGAGGAGGGGGAGAGGGGGUCGAAGGGGUAUCGGCAGAGGGAGGCGCACCCGCGCGCGGCCGAGCAGGAGGACGUUGUAUACGCUCACACCCACGCUUCCGCCCACGCCCACGCCCACGCCAGCUCUCAACGCGAAGCAAACCCUCCCGCCCCCACCCAACCGCGUGCGGCGCCCUACCACACCGUCCCGCGCUCCUCCGCGCCAGGACCCCGCGGCGUCGUCGUGCGCGACUUUGGCGCGCGGCCGAGGUCGCAGUCGUUGUCGAGGGCGUACCCGCCUGCGCAUGCUGCGGUUAUCUCGCCUGAGCGUCAAGCAGCCGUCGUGCCGCCUGGACAUCACCACCCGCCACCCGGGCACGUCCACACCUCCCACGCGCGCCCAGGCACCGCUGCCCACCCAAUCCCAAGCCCUCCAUCGGCAUCCGGAAGCGCACAGGGACAAGGGCAGCGCAGCCCGAGCGAGCCGUGGAGCCUCGUCGAUACACCCAGUAUGCGGAGUCGAGCGAGCAGUGCGAGCUCCGCGAGCACGUAUUACGUCCUCGCGAGUCCGAGGCAGCGGGUAAGGGUCAUCGCAGACGCUGGCCAUGCGAGGAAGCCGUUCUACCAGCGGUUGUUUACCGUGAAUUGGGGAGGGAGGGAGAGGACGGAGGCGCGCGCGCCGGGUGGUGUCGCUGAAAAGGAAAAGGAGAAGGAUAAGGCGCCUGUGAAUGGAGAGCAGCAGGGGCAGGAUCGGGAGGCGGAGAAGAGGAAGGGGAGGAGGCUGUUACGAAGGAAUAAUACGGCGCGGGUGUGA